AACCAGUCAUCAGGACAGAGGCAGAAGAUGCUGCUUCUCCUUCUGAUCUCAAGUGCUUUUCUCCUGCCCUGGGCUGGGGCUGGAAGGAUCAUUGGUGGGCAGGAAGUUGUACCUCACUCCAGACCCUACAUGGCUUUUUUAAAAAUAAAAUUUGUAAAUCAGUCUGGUAUACAGACUAGUCGCUGUGGAGGGUUUCUGAUUCGCCCAGAUGCAGUGAUAUCAGCAGCUCACUGUGUGGCUGAAAAAAGGAGAGUGAACAUCACUGUGACUCUGGGAGCCCACAACAUCAGCGUUCGAGAACAGAGCCAGCAGAGGAUCCCUGCUGCACGCUGGGUCAUCCAUCCCAAAUAUUCCAGUGAUGGCCACAUAAAUGACAUUUUGCUGCUGAAGCUGAAGACAAAGGCCAAGAUCAAUAAGAAUGUGAAACAAAUCGACUUUUCCGGGAGCAAUGAAUAUGUGAGAGCAGGAACUAAAUGCAGGGUGGCUGGCUGGGGCCGGACGGCUGUGAAAGGGCACGUCAGUGAUGUGUUGAUGGAGGUGGAACUGAAGGUGCAAAAUGAGGAGCCAUGUGAGAGGCUAUUCCUUAACUACCUGCGUCAUUCCAUGAUGUGUGUUGGUGAUAAGAACGGCAAAAAGUCAACUUAUAGUAGUUGGGACUAG